AUGAUGGAUAUGUUUAAAAAAAUGGAAGAUAGUUUCAGUGAAAAAUUAAAAGCUGUUACCUCAGAAAUACAUCAUUUAGGAGAUAGGGUCUGUGCAUUGGAAGAUAAUCAAGAAAUAAAUGAAAACCGGUGGACUGAAUGUUGGAAAUUCCAAAGAUCGCAGACAGAAGCUAUUUUGUCCUUACAAAGGAAACUAGACAAUAUCGAUAAUCGGGGAAGACAAAAUAAUCUACGGAUAAGAGGGGUUCCUGAAACCAUGCAGGAUGAAAGAGAAGACCCUACAAAGAUUCUUAUUCGUAUCUUCAAUCAGAUUUUAGGAAGAUCUUCGGACUCUAAGAUUAAGCUUGAUAGAGCACAUAGAGUAGGAAGACCAAGAAAUCCACCACAAGAAAAUCCUCGAGAUUUAAUCUGCUGCAUCCACAACUUUUUAUUAAAAGAAGAGAUAGUACAGAAAGCCCAACUUAUGAAGGAAAUUAGAUGA